CGACCUUUGUAGAAAAAGAAAAAAAAGUUACCUUCACAAAUAUUGUGUUGUUAUUGAAUUUGGAGAUCUCUAAAAUCUAGACUAGAUCUAGAUUAUUUCUAGAUACAGCCUACAUUCUAGAUCUAGCUAGAAUUAGAGCUUCAUAUUGUGAAAAUGAUCUCUUUGCUAAGUCGAUUGCGACCAAUAGCAGCUACGGUUUGUCGACAAAAUAAUAAGUCUCUAUCACUAUCAUCUGUGCAGAAAACGAGUACCAGAAACGCUGGAACAGCCCUUUAUCGACGUCAUGAUCCUAGUGAACCUAAAGGUUGGCAUUAUUUCGGGGAAGCUCUGAGUGCUUUCUUUUGGUUUUGGAUCCUGUAUCACUCCUAUUAUGAAUUUGAUCAUUUAGUGCCCCACGACACAUAUCCUGACCCUUCAAAGUUCACUAAUGAAGAACUUGGGAUCCCAGCAGAUGAUGAAUAAACAGCAAACAUAGGUUAUUAGUAUUUAUAGUUGGUCUAAUUGGCUGAAAAUAUGAAGAUUGUUAUAUAUAAAAUUACAUUUGUAUAAAACAAUUUUUUUUUUGUUUUUUUAUUUCAUAGUUUUAAGUAAAAUAUUUGUUUGUCCUUGCUAUUGUUUCUUAAUUUCAUCCACUAAGCUCUAAACAAAUUAAAAAUAACAUCUAACAGUUCUUUGUGGACUGAUAUAGCUUAUUGAAUUAAACCUACGUGCCAGAAUUUAGGCUUUUUUUUAUUAACUGUGCUGACAAGGUUCCAAUGCAAUUAAUGUCUCAACUCCACAACUGUAAGAUAAAAGGGGAUGCUUUCUAAAAAGCUUUAUAUAAAGCUAUAUACUUGCUGUUAGGAGAGACAUCUAUUCUUUCACUUUAUGCAGGGUUCCCCCACCAUUCUGAGAUUAGGAUUUCAUGAGUUUUCCAGGAGAAAAUAUUUGAUUUCAGGAGCGGAAAAACGUGCACUAUCUAUAUAUAUAUUUAGUAAUAAAUAUAAGAAUUACCAUAUACAUUUAUACAAUUUUUUUUUUCCUUUUCAAAUUAGCAAAUUCAAAAGUAACUGAUUAAAGAGUAAAAAAGUACUUGUAAACCAAUAAGCCUAUUUGUACUAAUCUCUCUAUAUAUAUUGCUUGUAUUAGUCAACAUUAGGAAUUAAUUAAAAUCUCUAAAAACAAAUUGCAAAUCGCAGCAAUGUAUAACACAUUAUCAAUAUCAGUUUCCUAUUUCAGUGGAAAUCUCUUGCAUUGAUUGUUUUUAUUAACAAUAGGUGUCUUUAAAUCUAUAAAAAUCUAGCUCUGUAUCAUAAAGCUAGAAGUGUAUUUGAUAGUAAAACCAUGAAUAGUUAUAAUUUUAUAUAGCAGCUUAAAUACUAUAUAGACCAUAUUAUACUAUACUCUAAGCCCCAUCUACUUCACUAUCUAGAUUUAUAAAACUAAAACUAAGAGAGAGAUUCCAGAAUCUAAGUAGAUCUCUAUUAGAUCUAGAAUUCUAGAAAUAUAAUCUAUACUAUUAAUCAUAUAUACUCUUAGUCUAAGGCCUCCACCCUAAAAAGUACCCAUUAAUAAUGGGUAAAACUAUUGUUUCAACAACAAGAUUUGUACAAAGCUUCUAUCAACUCACACUGUCUGAUUGGUACAAUUUUUUUACACUUUAUUUCUCCCACACCCUAUUUUGGAUCAAGUUGAAAUUUCACACAAUUAUUUCUUGUACCUGUCAAAACAAGAAUCAAUGGAAAAAAAUUAACCAAUUACUUAAUUAAUUAUUUUGUUUGGUAUCAAACAAGAGAAAUAAAUUGUUCUUGAUAGAUGUCGUGGUGGAGUUUAAUUAGUCCCCCUUAUACUUUGUGUAGAGAAGUAGGGGUCAGUGCUUAAAAGUUUUGAAACUAAUAAUAGAUAGUUAUGAAACCUUCUAUUUUCAUGAGGCUUCACUGGCACAACGGUUUGUGUAUUGGCUUAAUUUGUAAAAAAAAAUUAAAAAAUAAAUUUGAAGUAUUUUUUA